AAACAGCCGCACGUGCACACACACCCGCACGUGCACACGCUGUCACGCAGCAGGAAGGGGCGGCGGGAAGGAGGAGCCGCGGCUGCGGGACAACUUUUUGUAUUCGCCGCUCCACUUCCUCGCCUUCCCCCGCACAGUCUCCAGCUCUGACCGAACUCAGCCGUCGGUAAACCCGCUGAAAACACCAAAAUGUACCGGUACCUCGGAGAGCUUCUCACCCGGGGAGCUGGUAGCGUCCUGGCCUCGGGUGGCUCCGCCGCCGCCGCCGCCGCUGCUGACUCGGCGCUCCCGGCGACUGCGUCUCUGCUGCGGUACCGCAGCUACAGCCAGGCCGUGGACGGGCACGACGACCCGAACUUCUUCACCAUGGUGGAGGGCUUCUUCGACCGGGGCGCCGCGAUCGUGGAGGACCAGCUGGUGGAGAGCCUGAAGACCCGGGAGAGUCCCGAGAUGAAGAGGAAGCGGGUCCGCGGGAUCCUGAGGAUCAUCAAGCCGUGUAACCACGUCCUGAGCGUCAGCUUCCCCAUCAAGAGAGACAACGGAGAGUGGGAGGUGAUAGAGGGCUACCGGGCUCAGCACAGCCAGCACCGGACACCCUGCAAGGGAGGUAUCCGUUACAGUACGGACGUAUCUGUAGACGAGGUGAAAGCUCUGGCCUCGCUGAUGACCUACAAGUGUGCCGUCGUUGAUGUGCCGUUUGGUGGAGCCAAAGCUGGAGUGAAGAUCAACCCGAGGAAGUACUCUGACAACGAGCUGGAGAAAAUCACCAGGAGGUUCACCAUCGAGCUCGCCAAGAAAGGCUUCAUCGGACCUGGUAUCGACGUUCCUGCUCCUGACAUGAGCACCGGAGAGAGGGAGAUGUCCUGGAUCGCCGACACCUUCGCCACCACCAUGGGACACUAUGACAUCAACGCUCACGCCUGCGUCACCGGGAAGCCCAUCAGUCAGGGAGGAAUCCACGGUCGCAUCUCCGCCACCGGCCGAGGAGUUUUCCACGGCAUUGAGAACUUCAUCAAUGAGGCGGCGUACAUGAGCCAGCUGGGGAUGUGUCCCGGCUUCCAGGACAAGACCUUUGUCAUCCAGGGUUUCGGUAACGUGGGUCUUCACACCAUGCGUUACCUUCAUCGUUUUGGGGCAAAGUGCGUCGGAAUCGGAGAAAUGGACGGAAACAUCUGGAACCCCAACGGCAUCGACCCCAAAGAGCUGGAGGACUACAAACUGGACAACGGGACCAUCGUGGGCUUCCCGAACGCCACGCCGUAUGAAGGAAACAUCCUGGAGGCUGAAUGUGACAUCCUGGUCCCUGCUGCCAGCGAGAAGCAGCUGACCAAGAGCAAUGCACACAAGAUCAAGGCCAAGAUCGUCGCUGAGGGAGCCAACGGUCCGACCACACCCGAAGCCGACCGCAUCUUCCUGGAGAGAAACAUCAUGGUGAUCCCGGACAUGUACCUGAACGCCGGUGGUGUGACGGUCUCGUACUUUGAGUGGUUGAAGAAUCUGAAUCACGUCAGUUACGGUCGACUCACCUUCAAAUAUGAGCGGGACUCAAACUACCACUUGCUCAUGUCGGUUCAGGAGAGUUUAGAGAGGAAGUUUGGGAAGCACGGUGGUGCCAUCCCCGUCGUCCCCACGUCUGAGUUCCAAGCCAGGAUCUCUGGAGCGUCUGAGAAGGACAUCGUUCACUCAGGUCUGGCCUUCACCAUGGAGCGCUCUGCCAGGCAAAUCAUGCGAACAGCCAACAAGUACAACCUGGGUUUGGACCUGCGGACAGCGGCGUACGUCAACGCCAUCGAGAAGGUCUUCCAGGUUUACAACGAGGCCGGCCUCAUCUUCACAUAGGCUCUCCUCCAUCCGUCUGUCCGUCUGUCUGUCUGUCUGUUACCCGUCUGUCUGUUACCCGUCUGUCUUCCAUCACCUCUGCAGCGUUUACAGUGUGGAUGAAUGUGUGUGUGUGUGUGUCAGUGUGUGUUCAUUCCUUCAUCACAUCUGUUUACCUUCUUCUUCAGGAACCUGUUUUGCAGCUUUAACGCCGCCGUGCUGCUUUAAACACAUAUCAGGCCAAAUAUAGCGAGAAGUUCUCGACAUCUAUCAGAGUCUUAACGCCUCAGAGGAACUGUGUCACUGUUUGCCUUCAGCACAGCGUGUGGCCAAAAAUAUGUGGACGCCAUCGUUCGCCAACUUCAGCUGACGUUUGGACUCGAGCUGAAAUGAUUAAUGAAACUAGUGUUUUAUAACCUGGAGACAUUUUUAACUAUGAAGUAAAUUUAACAUUUCAGCUGCACAAAAUGUUAAUUUUGACCUUUUCUUUUGUGAAUUACAGGAUUGCUUUCAGGCCUUUUUUUAUUUUAGAAAUUAUUCAGACAAAGCAAUAAAAAUCUGUUUAAGACACUAGAAGCCAAAAUAAUCUGGAUUAGACAACUGACACAAAAUUAAUCUUCAAUCAUUUUGAUUAUUAACAGAUUUUUUUAUGCAGAAAUAAGGAAAAAUAAUCUGAUUUCAGUUCUCAGAUGUGAAUAUUUCCUGUUUUUUGUCGUCUUUUAUGACAUUAAACUGAAUCUUGUUGAGACAAGACAUCUCUGUGGUCUUUAGGAAACUAUAAUCAGCAGUUUUCAUUGAAGAGAUCCAGUUUCUUGUCAUAAAAGAUGAAGAAAAACAGAAAAUAUUCACAUCUGAGAAGCUGGAACUGGAUCAUUUUUGCCUUUUAAAAUAAAAAAAUUCAUGUCUUAUCAAAACCAUUAAAGAUGAAUUCUCUGUCAGUCGUUAAAUCCAGAGGUUUUUGUUUUGUUAGAAUGAUUUUUAAUAGGCCUGAAACACCUGAAAGUUUCCAGGUAUUGAUUUAAUCAAAACUGAGAAAAUCUGGAAACAUUUUUACUUUUUUAAAAACACUGUAAGCAGAUGAGUGGAGGCUGUUUGAAUGCGUCCACAUACUUUUGUCCACUAUGUGUGUUGACAUGUUUGUCUUCUAUAGAUGUCUGUUGUUUUUGUAUAAUGCAGUUUACAUGUGCCUCAGGACUUUAAGCUUUAAUAUUUACUGGAGUUAUUUUAUUAAAGGCUCAUUCUGCUGUUUUUAGUGACGUGCCUCAAAGUCAGCCUGCAGAGUCUGACCCAGUGUGUUUUUGGUUAUAAAUACAGACAGCAUUUCACCAGACCUCCGGGAACGGUUAAUGUAUACGUUAGAAAACAGUAGCUAAAGUUAGCUAACAUUAGCCAGUAAUGUUAGCCUGACAGCUUCUUUCAUCACUUCCUGUCCUCAUUAUCUGAGGUCACAUGGUUACAAACAAGUUAUUAAUAAAUCUAAAACACCACAGAAUUCUUUCAGCGGUAAAAUAAAAUGUUGGUUAAAACAUGAAAAAGAAAAACAGCAGAAUGAUCCUUUAACUUUUAGCUGUUAGCUUUUAGCUCUUUGCUCAUCUCGUCUGCCAUUAGCUGGCGACAUAAAGUCGACUUUAAACCAAAAAACUUUGUUUUUAAAUUUCAGGUCAUGACACGGUUGCAGCUUGUGCUAUUGCUAAAGCUAAUGCUAAUCUAUGCAGUUAAAGGAAGCAAUAUUAGCCUCGUUAGCCUGUAAACUCUGAAUCGUUCUGUCAGAGUUCUGCAUCAGACAGAAACAAAACACAAACAGUGUGAAGGUGGGAAACAGAAAACUUCGUACAGCGUCACGUAGAAACUGCACAAGCAAAACGGUGACACGAGAAAUGUUUCCGUCUUUGAUGACGACAGAUUUUGACUCUGCAGCGAGUUUGUGUUUGAUUUUCUCUCCUGAUGCUGAACUGUGUGAGAGUCUGAUCUGACUGUAACUAUGCAAACCCCACUGCUCACUGGUGUCCCAGUUAGUUUCUGUAACUGGUCAUCAGACGCACAAAUGAAAGCUUCAGCUGUUGUUUUCUGUCACAGCGCCCCCUCACUGCCACGCUCGCAACUGCAGCUCUCAGCUUGUUCAGCAAAGAGUCACCUGGAACCUUAAAGAGGAAACCUUCAUCUCUCAGGGUCGGGGGAGGGGACAGGGGGACGGGGGACGGGGGGACGCCAGGGGGCGGGGUCACGUGCUGCAUGUGGAGGUUAAUGGAUGAAACAAACUCUAUUUUCUGUGUCUCGGCUCUGAUUGAAAGGACUUGGGGAUCCUGUGUGAGGGAGUUUUUACGCCUUUUUGUUAAAAUGUUACAGCGAAAAUAAAAAACUGAAAAGACACCUGUUCACGAGUUUUUACUUGUAUUAUUAUUUUAUUAAAGGUUGAUGCUGUUUUAAUGUUUGAGGGAACUCCUCAUUUAAAUUAUAAACAUGUUUUAAUUGUAACUUUAUUCAGCAGACAACAGCAGCAUGUCACAUGUCACAGUUAUUUUAGUUUUCGCUCUGUAAGGCGCCUUUUAAAUAAAAUGUAUUAUUAUCAAAGUUCAAAAUGACAUUGAAAAUAAUCCGAGUUACGACUGUAAUAAUUUUCUAUAUCAUUAUUCAGCCUUUAGUGAGGGAAUAUUUUGAGAUUUGAAGAUUUUAUUUAGAAUUAUAAGUCGAGUCUAAAACAGACACAAAAUGUUCAUUAACGUCAUCGUCACCACGUCACAGUUACGAGUCAGAAUUUUGACGUGUGACAUUAUUCUGAGUCACGUAAAGAGAUCCGGUGUUAAAAUAUCUUAUUGAUGUGAUGAAAUAUCUCAAAAUAUUUCCUUUUUGUUUUCGGGUUUUUUUCCCUCAAGGAGAAGAAGUUUAAGAAGAAAACAACUAAAGAUAAUUAAGAAAAAUACAACAAAAGAUACGUGACGUGACACCGAGCAGAAAAACGAACUAAUCAGUGAACAAUAAUUAAAUUUAAAAAAGAACUAUACAAAUAUAAAAAUACAAAAACUUGAUGCAGAGAGAAGAAACACAUCAGAAUAUAAUCAGACUUCAUUAGAUAAAAUUUUCUGAGGAUAACGAGCUGAUAAGAUGUUGGUGUGGGUUAUUUAAAUAUAUCAAGUUGAUGAAGGUUUAUAUGUAAUAUUAAUAUGUAUAUAUAUUUAUUUGUAAGGCAAAGACAGUUGUAAUAAAUGUACAUUUGGACUGUUUGUAAGUCACAGCUAAUUGGUGAUGUCACAUACACAGACAGGUUUGUGUGACAGAUACUUGGUCAUCAGUAUUAUAAACAUGCAGGGAAUGUUUUUGUGUAACACAUUUAAGGUUUAUAAGUUUAUGUGAAUAAGGACGUUGUCUGUUUUGUGUCACUCUAAAUCAAAUCUUUAAUCAAACUAACUGUACACUGAUUAUUUCUCUGUCUGCUUGU